CUGGUUGAAGACUCCUGUUCUGGAGCUUUUUACUUUGAAAGAAAGGUCUUAGAUGCGCCCCCGUUACUUCCGGUAGCGUCGGGACCCGAGCUUGUUGGUGAUGCGCAGCGCGUGAAUUUUCACAACCGAGAGAUCAAAAGGCGCCGCCAAGCUGCAGAGUAGACCAUGACUCUCUUCAUCCUCCUCCCACUGGCCAGCCUCUUCCUCACCCUCCUGAUGAGUCCAGCAGGCUCUCAAAUCAUCAGUCCUGCAGUGGAAGACCUCAUGAACAGGAACGCAGACUUUGGAGCCCGGCUUUACCGGGCUGUCGCCAGCCGCACCGAUGACAAUGUCUUUCUGUCUCCAUUCGCUGUUUCCACGGGAAUGUUAGCUUUAGUGAGUGGUACCAGCGGUCCAACCCAGAAUGAACUGCUGCAGGGACUCACUCUGACUGGAUUGGACCCCCAGACAAUGCCAGAUCUGUUUCAUACUCUGAGGAACAUGGUUCUUCAAACAAGUCCAUCCACGAACUUUCAGCAGGGCAUGGCGGUCUUCCCAGAUCAGAGUUUCCAGGUGCCUGUAUCCUACCAGGAUCUGGUUCAGAUGAAAUUUGGGGGAAAGGCUCAGAGUCUUUCGUAUACAACCCCAGCUGAUGCCAUCGACACCAUCAACCGCUGGGUCCAGGAUCAGUCCAGAUCCCAGAUUCAGGAUGUGCUGACCACCCUAGACCGCCAAACCCAGCUGCUGGUUGUCUCUGCUGCUUCCUACCAAAUCCGCUUCAGUCCUCCCUUUAACGCCACGUUCACUCAGAACGAGCGAUUCUACGUGGACAGGUACCACGUGGUCAUGGUUCCCAUGAUGUUCCGGGCUGAUAAGUACUUCCUGGCGUACGACCGCUCUGUGAAGGCGGGCGUGCUGAAGCUGCCAAUGGCAGACGGAGCAGCCAUGCUGGUGGUGCUUCCAGAUGAAGAUGUUGAUGUGACAGCUGUGGAGGAGGACGUGACAUCGGAGAAGAUCCAAGCCUGGAUUCGUCAGCUGAAAAAGACGAAACUGGAGGUGCAGCUUCCUGUCUUCCUGCUGGAGCGAUCCUACUCUCUGAAAGACGUUCUUCAGACUUUGCACAUCACUCAGGUGUUUCAGGAUGACGCUGACCUCAGAAACAUGGGCGGAGCUACAGGAGCCAAUCUCAAUCAGGUUUAUCACGUAUCUGCCAUCGUCGUGGAUGAGAGUGGUGAUGAUGACAGCUCAGGAGGUGGUUUCACCGUGUUCUCCUCACCUCCGCCACGGCUCACCUUCAACAGACCCUUCAUCUUCAUCAUCUACCAGCAGUCCACCAGCAGUCUCCUCUUCAUGGGCCGAGUCACGAACCCCACACAGAAAUGAUGCGCCUCACAGAUCCUGCCCUCCUUGUUACUCUCCCCAACCAGUCGCAUCACCACACCUUUAGAAGCAGUUUCUAGGGUUGCUUCCUGUCUGUAGUGUUAAACAUGAGGGCGGAGACCCUUCAAUGGGCCGCAGGAGACAUGUGAGGGGUCAAGAUAAAAAAAAAACAGAUCCAGAACCCUAAAUCCUGCUUGGUGUUUGGCAGCGUUACUCUGAUAAUAACAAAAUCAUCGUGUUCGUUAUAUAAUAGUAUUGCACUUUAUGUUCGCGCGGAAUUAAUACUGUCCAUUAGCAUCUUGUUUGCAUCAUAUUUAUUUUAUACUAUUAUCCUGCAUGAUGUUAAUAACUGCGAGUUACUGACUGUUCCUGUCCUGUUAUCAUAUUAUCCUGCAUGUUGGUGGGUAUGUUAGCAUCAUCUUAUUGGCCUCCUCUGAAACGUAGAUGUUCCCUCAGGAGCUGGGAAGAAUGUAUCUUCACCAACUCUGAGCUUGUUUUGGAUCUCUGUGAUAUUUCUGCUCUGCAGGACUCGUUCAGCACACAAUGUUUUACUUCAUAUGUUUGUUUUCUCUGUGACAUUAAAGGCCGUGUUCUUCGCCAUCAUAAACUAACGCUAGUUUGGAAUAAAACUAUAAGCAGCUCUGAUACCUGGAGUCUUUAAAUCUGA